UGUCAUGAGGCCGAGUGGGUGAGACUCGCAUAGCAACUGUGGAUGAGGAAGUAGCACUGUUGAAGCACAUGGGAGGGACCAGACAUCCAGUCACAGCAUGCACCCAUGAGCCGACAUCCUGAUGUUCCUCGGACGACCCCCAAACAUGGAUCCCAAGAUUUAUUUGGCCUCUUUAACUUUUUUCUUGCUUGUUGCCUCCAAAGUGUCACAAGCUCAGACACCUGUGACUUCACAUCACGAACAGUAUGGGACCAGCCGCAUAAGUGACCCGACCGCAGAGUCCUCUGUUUCCCCUGAAAGAAAAAUGGAAACUAGUGUCACUGGAGCAUCUGACUCCUCCCAUGUCACUUCCCCUGUUGGCCAAACCACAAGUUUAAACAAGAACAGUACAAUGAACACUACUGCAGCAGGAAAUAAGACAUCAACAGCUGUACCGAGUAAGUCCUCAGCAAGGCCAUCAACCACUACAGGCACACGUCCCCCACCCGUGAAACCCUCCGCUGUUGCCUGGGAUCCAAAAUGGGACAAAGAUUUCACCUAUGAUUACACCACUCUGCGUCAUGCUGGCCUGUCUAUAGCAGCAAUGCUUUUCAUCAUUGGCAUAAUGGUCAUUGGCUGUGGAAAAUUUUGUAAAAUGCCAAAGUGUCAUAAAAGGGCAUCCAAGUCGUACCAAGUGGCCCAAGCAUGAGGAGGAAGUAUAGAAUUACUAAAAUAUUUUAGAAGGAUAGACUACAGUGUGCACUGAAUACUUAAAGGUACAGUAAGUAACUUUUCUGGUGGAUGAUCCAUCACAUGCUUGUCUCCAUGAAGAUGUUAUUGGUAUUAAAGUCCCCAUGUAAACGAGCAGGUGACAGUCUGAAUGCAUAUUUAUCAAGGUAUUUUUGAGCAGCGAAAACACCUACAGUUCAAAAAAUACAAAUACAGAAAUUUGUCUUAAUGCUAUAGCGUGGAACAUCCAGACAAAGCAACUUAUCUCCAUGGCAUGUGGCAAAGCAUUCCACCAGAAAAGUUACAGGCGCACCUUUAAGUUCAGCACCUGGGAUAAUUAAACUAAUUGUGUAAU